CUUGCUAAGAAGGGCAUUAAUGUGGUACUCAUAAGCCGUUCACUAUCUAAAUUGGAAGCUGUAGCCAAAGAAAUAACUGAUUCUCAUAAAGUCGAAAUAAAAAUCAUCGAUAUUGAUUUCACUGAUGGUCCCCAAAUAUAUCAGAAAAUUGAAAAGAAUAUUACAGGUCUCGACAUUGGCGUGCUUGUUAAUAAUGUUGGUAUUAGUUACCCACAUCCAGAAUUCUUUAUCGAUAACAACAAUCGCCAUCCUGAAUUCUUGCGUGAUAUUAUUUCAGUCAAUAUACAUUCGGUAACUCAUAUGUGUGCUCUAGUACUACCUAAUAUGAUUGCCAAGAAGAAAGGUGUCAUCAUUAACUUAUCAUCUACUGCUGCUGUAAUACCGAAUCCCUUACUCAGUGUAUACAGCGGUACUAAGGCGUUUGUUGAUAAAUUCAGUGUAGACUUGCAAACAGAAUAUCGGAAUCAAGGAAUUAUAGUGCAAAGUGUACAACCGGGUUUUGUUGCAACGAAUAUGGCAAAAAUCCGAAAAUCUACACUGCUCGCUCCAUCACCAGAUACUUAUGUAGCUUCUGCUUUAAAAACAGUUGGCAUUGCUAGUCAAACGGCUGGUUACUUGCCACAUGCACUACUGCAAUUAACCAUUCACUUGUUGGGUGCCGUUGCCGGUGACCAGAUGGCCAGAAAUUUUAUUUUCAACCACCUCUCCGGCAUGCGAAAGCGCGCUUUGCGUAAUUCAGAAAAAAAGAAAUAAAUUUCUUAAAUAUGUACAAAAAUAAUUUAAAUACGUAGAGCUUUUGUUACCAAAAGUUAAUUUAAUAUGACUUUAGAUUACCAAAUAUUUCAACCAAAUAAAUUAUUUUUAUGAAAUUAUUUAUAAGAUUAUGUAUAUAAAAAUUUUCUUGUAAAAACAAUUUAAUUAUAUUCGCUAUGGAAACUUUAAAAGCCGCUGGAUUAAUAAAU